CUCCGCUCCAGAGAUGAUCCGUUAUCAGGGCGGAGAGAGAGAGCUGCCCAAACCCGAUCGCCACCUCUCCUUCUCCCCACAGACAGCUCCGCGCACGCCGGUCGCUUUACUUCUCCUGCAACUCCCUGCAAACCUGGAUCGAAACGCACUGGAUUUACCACAACAAACCGGAAUAUUUAGCCAGUACUUGCGUUUUCAUUCGGAAUUCGACUGCAUUUCGGCGUUUUCCUGCGCGCUUCCUGGAGCUAAACUGCAGCAACACAUCGUGGAGCGGUCGCCUGUUCUUCCUCUUUUGUUUAUCUCCGCGGAGAGGAAACAUUUCAUCGCAUUUUUAGCUCGUUUUAAAAUGAAUGAAUGACCAAAACAAAGGAGGUUGAUGUGCACAGCUCCCCCGCUCACCUCUUCUUCGCCUCGCCCAAGGAACGGAGGCUCCAGCAGCAGCUCCAGCAGCGGGUGAAGAUGGACAGCGGCGGCGGGACAGAGAGCUCCGAGGGCGGCCAGGCGAAGCACGACGCCCCGGGGAAGAAGAAAGGGGUGAACCGCGCUCCUUCGCCGGCGCGCCCCAAGGAUGUGCCCGGCUGGUCGUUCACGAAGAUCCGGGGAGGGAUAGGGACCCCGACUCUGAGCGUCAAACCCGGCGGGAUCCAUUUGGGGAGCCGAGUUUCCCGGAGGAGCCCCGUGGGAAGCGUCGGUAGCGGGAAGGAUGGAGCUGGGAAAGCGGCCGGGAAGCAUUCGUCCACUGGGAAGAGCUCCGCGGGGAAGGGGGCUAAAAACACCCGGAGGAAGGUGUCGGACGCGAGCACCGGGUCUGAAGACUUGUCCAAGGACUCUGGCUGCGCUCCCGAAAAGCUUUCCCCGACUGAUAGCAGCUCCGAGUUGUCCGACUGCCCCUCGGAUGAAAACAAACUAUCCACGGACGCGUUCAGCAGCGACACCGAGUCCCGGAGCAGUCGCGGCGGGGCGGAGGGAGAGCACAAGCCGCUCAGGGACGCGGCUACAGCGGACAGAAGCAGCAGCAGCUACCGGUCCGUGACAUCCGCGGGGAACAUGAGGAACAUCCCCGCGUCCAUCACGGGGGAGGCGGGGGAUAAUAAGGACCGGCUCUCGCUGCUGGGGGUCGAGGCCGGGGAAGGAAGCGUCUCUCCCGGUGAUGAGAAGUCCCUGACCUCGUUCGAGAGCCGGUUCCCUGCCUCCACGUCCCUGGCCUUCUCUGACCUGACCGAGGAGCUCAUGGACAGCGUGCACGAGGAGUACGCGCGGGAGAUAGAGGAGCUCCGGUCUGAAAACGACUACCUCAAAGAUGAGAUGGAGGAGCUGAGGUCGGAGAUGCUGGAGAUGAGGGACAUGUACAUGGAGGAAGACGUCUACCAACUCCAGGACCUGAGACAGCAACUAGAACAGGCAAACAAGACGUGCCGUAUCCUGCAGUACCGCCUCCGAAAGGCAGAGCGGCGAUCUUUACGAGUGGCUCAAACCGGACAGGUCGACGGAGAACUCAUCCGGACUCUGGAACAGGACCUCAAAGUGGCGAAGGACGUGUCGAUCCGCUUACACAGCCAGCUCGAAGGAGGGGAGAAGAAACGCACUCGUCUGGAGGAAGAAAACGAGGAGCUGAGGAACAAACUGCAGGACCUGGAGGUGGCCAAGCAGGUGCUACAGCAAGAAAUCGACAAGAGUUCCCAGAAAAAAAGAGGAGCGCGAGGGAACAACAAAGCGGAGAAGAAGCCGUGCCCUCAGGAGGACAGCUCGGACCUGAAAUGCCAGCUGCACUUCGCCAAAGAGGAGUCGGCCAUGAUGUGCAAGAAGCUGACCAAACUGGUGAAGGAGAGCGAGGCCAUGAGGGAGGAGCUGUCCAAGUUCCGCUCGCUGUACGGAGACGUGGACGCCAGCCUCACCGUGGAGGAGGUGGCGGACUCCCCUCACACACGAGAGGCUGAGGUGCGCGUUCACCUGAAGCUGGUGGAGGAGGAGGCGAAUCUUCUGAGCCGCAGGAUCGUGGAGCUGGAGGUGGAGAACAGAGGGCUGAGAGCAGAGAUGGACGACAUGAAGGGACCGCAGGACAUCUCUCCAGACUUGGCAGGCAUCGGAGGCAGCCUCAGCCCCGGACUCGGUGUCGGGAGCGGGGCCAUGGUUCUCGGGGGAGGAGCUUCUUCUGAAAACGUGAUGGAGCUACAGCGCCACCUGCAGUUCGUGGAGGAGGAGGCCGAGCUCUUGCGACGCUCCCUGACGGAGAUGGAGGAGCAGAACAAACUCCUCAUGAACGAGAUCAACCGCUACAAAUCCGAGCUCCCGCCCUCCCUGUCGUCCAACUCGCUGGCCUCUUUGACGGACGGCUUGCUCAACGACAGCCCGGUGCACUCCAUACAGGAAGGGGCGGUGCUUAUAAACGUCAACGCCCCCUCGCAGGAAGAGGAGCUGCGAUUGGCCAGGCUGCAGAUUGGGGAGUUGAGUGGGAAGGUGAAGAAGUUGCAGUACGAGAACAGAGUGCUCCUGUCAAACCUGCAGAGGUGCGACCUGGCCUCUUAUAACCCCGCCUCCUCGCCGGCCCCCUCCACCCUGAGGCUCAACCUGGAGACCGACGCCGAGGCUGGGGACUCCGCUGAGUGUCUGCCAAGCCCGCCAUCCCGUCGAGAGCCAGUAGGGGGAGAGACCGACCCCUCCGACUUGAAAGAACACAAACGCAAGAGCGAGGACAGCGCUGACUCCGCCUCCUCGCUUCCCAUCCCGCUGGUGCAGAAGGACCAUGAUGCUUUGCUGUCCAUGAGAGACCAGGCUCGACUGGUCUCGACGGCGAUCCAGCUCCUGAUCUCCCCGGAGUCGAGCUGCCUCCAGUCGCCCUCCCUCUACCACAAAGUCUGCACCAGUGAGAGCAAAGAGGAGGCGGCCAAUCAGGAGGAGGCAGCCGAGUCAUGUGAUCAGGACAAAUCACAAAGUAACAACAGCCAGAUCUCCGAGCUGUCUGACCUCUCUGACCGGCCCCUGGUGGGAGCCCUGACCGGCCGAUUGCAGGCGCUUCACUCCCAGCUGCAGGCCUUCGUGGAGCGGGUGGACGGGCUGAGCAGAGCGCCCCCUCCUGGAGCCGGGUCAGGAGCCGCUGUCACACCAGAGGAGAAUUCGCCGGCCUCUACCACGAUCUGCCCCGAAGGGAACUCGGCUGCUCAUAAGCAGCCUGACUCUAGGGACCAAUCGGAGCCGGAGGUCGGAGGCCAACGCCAGGAGGGCAGCCAAUCAGACGAGGGAACGGACGCCGACGAUGUACAAGAACGGCAAGAGGAGAAGGAGUCAGAUAACGCACUGUGCUCAGAUCUUCAGACGCAGCUGUCCCAAACUCAGGAGGAGCUGGACAGGGAGAGGAAAUCUCACUCAGAACUCACUCAUAAAGUCACACAGUUGCAGGAGGAGCAGCACAAGGCCCUGGUGAGGAGAGACUUCCAGCUGCAGAGCGUGGGGCUCCAGGCCCGACUGCACCAGAGGCUCUGGACCCAGGAGAGGAGCCUCCUGCUGCAGGAGAAUCAGCACCUCAAACACACGCUGCUCCUGCUCAGCCUCAAACUGCGCUGUCUCCUCAAACAGUGGAGGGUCCAGGGGGGCAAGGACGCUCAGUGGAAGGACGUGCUCGAGAUAAACAGCCUGAAGGACCUUUACCUCCUUUUGGAUGAAGAGAACCGUAGCCCCUCCCACCAGGCUGCAGACGCACACCCUGUCAGUCCUACUAUAAAGUCAAGUGCAGUGAGCAGUACGCUGGCUGACCUGAGGGUGGCGCUGCAGGACCUGAGCGCAGAGUUACAUCAGGAGAGACAGGGAUCCCAAGAGCUCACGCAGCAGUUCGCAAAAGCCAAGGCGUCGUGGGAAGUGGAGCGCGCCGAGCUGAAAAAUAUCAUCUCACAGUUGGAGACUAAAGCUGGUAAACCUCUGAGCUCUGCUGAUGCUGUGGAGGCCCCAGACCUGAAGGUGGUGCUGAAGAAGGAACGUGAAGAGCACCAGCACCUGUUAGCAGAGUCCUACGCUGCAGUCAUGGACCUGACUAAACAGCUCCAGAUCGGAGAGAGGAACUGGGGCCGGGAGAAGCUGGACCUGUUGGAGAGGUUCAGUGCAGAGAGAGCUCAGUGGGAGCAGAGACUCAGGGAGGCCACAGCGCACCACAAGCCAAAGUCACAAGGCAGUGACUCUUCUGCUGACGGACUGAUCCAAAACGGGUCUGCUUCACCAAGGACCAAAUCCACGUCGGACCUGGAGGUGAACGGGGCGGCAGAACAGUUGGAGAAAAUGUCUCUUGUGAUUCGCCCGGAGCCUUAUGACAUCACCAGGAAGAAUUGGGCCAAUCUGACCAAUGAGACUCCAGAAGUGGGCGACACCUGUAAAACAUGGGACGGCUCCAGCCUGAGCGCGGAGCAGGACCUGGACUCUGCUCAGAGAAGCUACACUGCCCCGGACCGCACCGGCAUCCGCAUAUACUACAGCCCCCCCACUGUCCGGAGGAUGGAACAGCUCCGGAGCCAACAGGGACUAUCUGAGCAGUUUCUACCUCAGAACGGGUGCUCUUCUCCGGGUACGACCGCUCCGGAUACCGGGUCUGGAGGUUUGGAGGUGCAGGGUUCUUCAUCGUACGAGCAGUGGCUGAGCUCCCUGUCCACGCAGCACAGGGAGCUGUUGGAGAGCAGAGCCGUGUCAGUACCGGCUUCUGCCAACAGUGUAGUGAGCAGUUUGCCCUCCUCUUCUCCGUUCCCGGAUUUCCAGAUGGGAGAGAUUUCGGCCAAUCUGAGCGAUGACAUGAAGGAGAUGACCAAUUGUGUGCGGCAGGCCAUUCGCUCGUCUUCACUGGAGAGGAAGUCCAGCAAGGAACCAGGAAGUCCGGUGAUCGGCACGUCGUCUCGCUCCACCCAGACCUCUCUCCUGUGCGUCAGUGUGGCUCUGCAGACUGACACCCCGUCCACCAGCAGGGGGCUCCAGUCCAAGGUCUGGUCUCCCCGGCCCACCUCCUCCACAGCCAACCCCUUAGCCUCAGCUCGCUCCAGACACAUCUCCACCUCCCUGGACAAGGUGCACGGGCGCAUCGAAAGACCCUGCUGCUCACCCAAAUACGGGUCGCCCAAACUGCAGCGCCGCGUGUCUUCAGGUUCCACUUCACGGUUGGAAACCUCCUCCUCCUCGUCCAGGGACAGGAGCCUGUGGAGUCUGCAGCAGAGACCUGGAGGUUCAGCCUGGGCCCGUUCCACCACCACCCGCGAUAGUCCUGUCCUGAGCGGGCUGACGGACGGCCUCUCCAGCCUCUUCAGCGUGGUGGAGCACACAGGGAGCACAGAGAGUCUGUGGAGGGGAGAGCCAGUGAGUCCCGCUCGUCAGCCUCCCGCCGCGGGGAAACCCUCUGGUGAGCGCUACGGAGGGCUCCAGGACAUGUACAGGGACGUGUGCGGCGGCCGGACCCAGGCAGGCGUGUCCGUGUCCGUGUCCGUGUCCGUGGAGAGGUGCCAGCGGGAGGCCCUGGGAGGCGUGGAUGAACCCAAGCCGGAGUGUUUCUCGGUGGGGACGGGCGCGGCGGGGCUGGGGACGCUGGCGGGACUCGGCGCAGCCCCAGACCCGGUCACGCGCAUCGUCAACAAGAGGUUCAUGAGGCAGACGGCCGGAGAGGAGAUGGGCUGCAUCAUGGGAGGAGGCACAGCUGGGGCAGAGGAUGCACCGUGCGACUGCGGCUUCUCCAGACCGUCGAGACCCAGCGGGCGCCAUUCUCUGGGUCAGUGCAAGCACCGCCCCCCGGAGCCCGCCCCCUCCCCGUCCGGCACGUGCGCAGAGGAGAAAGCGGAGACCAGUACCGAGUGACUUCUGCCAGCUCUUACCAUUGUGCACCCGAGCAAUACACCACUGCCACCGCUACACAACCUCAGACUAGGCUACACAAACGCACUGCCAGUGUUAGAGAAAGCCCACUCACAAACUCACUGCCACACACUGAUAACGGGACAGGCAACUUCAUAUCUGGCAACGCAGUCUUUGGAAAAAACCUUUUUGACUUUUCCGCUUAGGUGAAGCUUUGAAUAUUUGUGAAUCAUGUGAGGCUCACUCUGCUUUCUGAUUGGAUGAUCGUCUUGAGAACUAAAACACCAAAUUAUAACUUCGCCACCAUGUCCGAGAUUUUUUAUAAUUUAAGAAUAAACCUGUGUUACAAUUGUGAUCAGUAAAAGCUACCUGUUUACCUCGUAUCUGAGGACACGUUUUGGUCACGUUUAUAGUAUUACGUACAAUUCAUUUUAACAAUAUUAUGGUUUGUGUGGCAAGUAACUCAGUUUAUUGGCGUUUUAAAAGGACAGUCCGGACUUUUGGACAUAGGGCUUCAUUUCCUACUGAGCCAGAGUGUU